ACAAAACACAAGCUACAGCAAGAAAGUCCCGGAUGUACCGCACGCACACCUGUUCUUACGGAACUGCGGUGAAUUCACGCGUUUACCGGUUCACGCGCUGCGAGUCCAGGGCGAAAAAAUAAAGUUGCGUUUUGAUUGGUUUAGGUCACUUCCUGGUUUGGUGAGUCGAGAACGCGCGCGCGAGAGAGCGCGAGCAAGCAAGAGAGAAACCAGCUGUUUAACACCGCUGUGCGUGCGUUACUGAACCGUGUUUUUUUUUUUUUUACGGAAGCGGAAAUUCGGCUUUCGAGACGCCCCGUGGUCAGCUUUGCUGGAAUCUUAUUUCCCCUAAAUAAGGUGUGCACGCGAGCGCGGGGAUGUUUUUCCCACUAAUAAAGUAAACCGAAGCGGACGGUGGUGCAGGGACACCGCGCGCGCACACACGCGCACGCACAUGGCCGACCCGCGGAGGUCCGGUGCCUGGUGGUGUUUGUGGUCGCGUGCCCGGUGCUUGGAGAACGAACCCGUACCGGAAACGGACCCGGAGCGCGAGCGGCUCUGGACCGAGAUCUUCGACCAGCUCGACACCAAUAAAGACGGGCGGAUCGACAUUAACGAGCUCAGGGCGGGUUUGGCGGCGCGGGGACUGCUCUCGCGCACAUCGGCAGAGCAGCAGAUUGUGAGUGAAGGAGACACUAAUCAGGAUGGACAGUUGGACUGUGAGGAGUUUACACAGUACCUGCGUACACACGAGAAGCGUCUCCGCUUCAUGUUCAGCAGUCUGGACCGCAAUAACGACGGUGAAAUUGAUGCUGGAGAGAUCCAGCUCUCAUUACACAAUGUGGGAGUGGAGGUUACGCUAGACGAGGCAAACAAGAUCCUGCAGAGUAUGGACAAGGAUGGCACCAUGACCAUUGACUGGGUGGAAUGGCGUGACCAUUUCCUGUUUAACCCUCUGCACAGCGUGGAGGACAUCGCCCUCUACUGGAAACGCUCUCUGAUCCUGGACAUUGGGGAGCUCCUGACGGUUCCUGACGAGUUCUCGGAGAAGGAGAGGAAGUCGGGGUUUGUGUGGAGGCAGCUGAUGGCAGGUGCCAUGGCAGGAACUGUCUCCAGGACGGGCACGGCUCCUCUCGACCGACUCAAAGUGUUCCUGCAGGUUCACGGUCAGAGCUUGGAUAAGGAUAAGGGCAGUGUGUGGAAGGGGCUGAAAGUGAUGGUGAAGGAGGGCGGCUUCUUCGCUCUGUGGAGAGGAAACGGCAUCAACGUGCUCAAAAUCGCCCCGGAAACAGCCAUCAAGUUCCUCGCUUACGAACAGAUAAAGCAGCUGAUUCACGGCAGUAAAGACCGAGGGAGUCUGAAGGUUCAUGAGAGAUUCAUUGCUGGAUCAUUAGCAGGAGCCACGGCGCAGACCAUCAUUUACCCCAUGGAGGUGCUGAAGACGCGUCUAACCCUGCGUACGACCGGACAGUACUCGGGCGUGCGAGACUGCGCUCGGCAGAUCCUACAGAAGGAGGGACUGUGGGCGUUUUAUAAAGGCUACAUACCCAACCUACUGGGCAUCAUCCCAUACGCUGGCAUCGACCUGGCCGUCUACGAGACCCUGAAGAACGUGUGGUUACAGAGACACAGCUCUGGCUCAGCUGACCCCGGUGUGUUUGUGCUGGUCGGAUGUGGUACGGUUUCCAGCACAUGUGGUCAGCUGGCGUCGUACCCGCUCGCCCUGAUCCGAACCCGCAUGCAGGCACAGGCGACAGUGAAAGGUGCCCCUCAGCUCUCCAUGCUCUCUCUGUUCCGCAGCAUCAUGGCUCAGGAGGGCGUGGUGGGACUGUACCGCGGCAUUGCGCCCAACUUCCUCAAGGUCAUUCCUGCCGUCAGCAUCUCCUACGUGGUGUACGAACACAUGAGGAAAGUACUGGGGGUGGGAAAGUGAGACACACAUGUCCUUCACUAUAGACAUCUCGAUGUCAGUCCUUACAUGAGAGGAUAGACCGAAUAAGAAAUGAGAGAGAUGGAAGAAUGAGGGAAAAGCUUGUUAAUGCACUCUGUGAUGGAGAGAUGUAUUGACCAAAGAGUGGAUUUACUGUUAAAGACAGAGAAGAUGAAAGCUCAAGUUCUACAUUCUGACUCAAAACCAACAGGGCUAUAAUCCAGUCGUUUGUAAUAAAUAAAUAAAACGGUUCAUCAAUAAAACUAGUUUAUAUUACCAUUUAAAUAUGCAAAAAAAACAACUUGACAGCUGACAUUUAUGUUUUACAUAACUAUAAGCAAGACUGUAACCUAUACAGCUUUGUUACGUUGUUAUUUCUCCAUUUUCUUGGUGUUCAUUUGUGCUGUUGAUCAACAGGAUCUUCACAUUCAGACUCACAGGCUGUCCUCUUCAGGAGGUGAAAUGAACGCUAAAGUGUGUGUUAAUACUUAGAAACAAGAAUGUGUGUGUGUGUGUGUGUGUGUGUGUGCAAUGUAUUCCCCAGACUAUAAAACCUGUAGCAUCUGUUAUGAUCCAUACAUGCUAUCUAGCAUGUCUUUAUUUCAUUGGAUUAAGAGUAAUAGGGUGUUUACGGUAAGCUAUGGAUAGGUGAACAUCUUCACAAGGUUUGGCAUUUAGACUUUGAGAGAUAUUUUCAGGCCUGGCAGAAGGACUAGAGGUUUAUAGUCUGGAAAAUACAGUAUACGUAAAUGCGCAUGUGCUACAUUUUUAAUACAAAUGUAGGUUGCAUGUAAGUGAGCAUGUGGUAUAUUUUAUAAUGUAUAAAAGACUGGAUCUAUUUUCUUAACCAUGGAGUGUACGUGUGAGAAUGAAACAAUGGAAAAGUGUGUUUCAGAGCCCUUUUUACUCUGCUUACCCCUGUACUCACUGCUCAGAUAUGAACCUAAAUUCACUUUAAACGUCUUCGGACUCGGUGCAAUGCCACCAGAUCACCACUAGGGGAAGAGUCUUUAUUGCUGUAUUCUUGUAUUAUGUGAUAUGUACAAAUCCGAACAGUACAGUAGAGUCCUCCACCUAGCGGUGAUUUGGUGGAACUGCAUUGGGUCAAAGCGACUUUACAAUUAAUUUACGUUCAUGUUUAUUCAUAGAGACGAUCACAGAGUGUCCAUUGGGUCUAAUUAAGUUUUAAUUAUCCCACAUUUACAUUUUAUAAGUAUUAAAUUGUCUUAAAUUGAAAUAAAUGUAGCUUUUUUUUAUUUUAUUUUUUUAGCUAAGUGGCUUGAAACGGAGGUUAACUCCAUCUACCAGUUGUUGAGCUAGCACACACAGAGACGUGUGGAAAUAUAAUUAUUUAACUAAAAAAAAUGUAAAAGUGUGACUUUUUUAUUAAGUAUAUUUGGUUAUUCGUACCUGCAAAUUGGGGCUGCGCUGUUACAAGCCUUGUGAAAAUCUAGAUGGAGAAUUUCCGCCUAGUGGCGAUCUGGUAGAACUGCGUCCGGUUCAUGCUAAUUUACAACGAAAUUAACAUCCAUAUUUGUUUAUAAACGACCACAGCGUGUCCGUGUGUCCCUAAUAGGUUUAGUUAAAGUUUUAAUAUAUCAAAAUGUUACAUUUUUACAAGGAUUCGUUUGUCAUAAAUUCAAAUUAAUAUGGAUUUUUGGCAGGUGUUAAACCGAUGCUAAUGCUAGCUAUCGGUUUGUUGAGCUAGCACACACAGAGUUGUGUCGAGUUGGGGAAAAUUUCAUGAGUUUAAGUUAACUGUGCAACUUAUUUGGUAGAUAUAGUUCUUCAUAUCAGCAAAUUAGGUCAUAAAUGACACUUUCAAAGUCUUUUUAAAGUAUUAAAUCAAACUUGAGCAGAGUGCAAGCUCAAAAGUCCCCCAGGUUCUCUGUCAGUGUUGGGAUUUUAAACUCAUAACCUAGCAGUUACAUGUCCAGAUCUUUGAUUUAAACUCACAGCCCAGAUGUUUUGAUGGAUCGUGAUCAGUUUAUAAUUCUGGACUUUUAGGACACUUUAUAUAUGUGUAUAAGUAGUACGUUACUGAAUACUGUCGUAUCGUAAGUACCACUAGUACAGAUGUGUGUGAUUUGGGACACAGCCCAGGUCUUAUUAGAGGUAACAUUACAAGCUCUGUCCCAAAAGACGCCCUAAAUCCUGCCUGCGCUCAUCCUCCAAGCCAGCAUUGUAAUGAUGUUGAUGUCAAUAAAAGAUGUAGGGCUUGUAGUGCGUUGGUCCUCGAAUCUUAAAAAAUACAAGUAUUCAAGCAGAUCAGUGAUGAUUGUAGUUCUGAGUUGUUUCUCCAAAACACAAACACCUACUUGGAGCCUUUGCAUUCACUCCAUGUUGAAUGACGAAAGCUAGAACCAUCCGAACCUUUUGAGGAACAUUUUUAAAGAGUGUAGAGUCGAAACUCUUCUAGAACCAAAAUUUCUGAUAAGACAUUAUGACUGUUUUCACUAGAGUACCUACACUUUAGAUAAAAUGAAUAAAUAAGUUUUUCCUGGGAACUUUGGAUAGUAAAGUAUUCUUAGGUUCGUGAAAAGGAUCUACUGUACUUUGAACCCUCUCUGAAUGGAAAAUUCUCAGUUGUAGGGUUCUCCAGAGAGCCUUUAAAGCAAUGGUCACCAACCCUGUACCUGGAGAUCUAUCUUCUUGAAGACUUUAGCUCCAGCCAUAAUGGUGCCCACCUGACCAUCUAAUCAUGGCAUUAAGAAGUUCUUGAUCAACCGAAAUCUAAUACACACUGUUUUAGUCGGAGAUGAAACCUGCAGGAAGGAACCUCAAGGAAGAGGGUUGGUGACCAUUGCUUUAAAGCUUUACACAGAAGAAUGAACUAAAGAAUCCUUUAGGGUUCUUGAUUUAAACUGUACUUCAGGUACUAUACUGAUGAUAAAUAGAUAAUUAUUAUUAAGUCUAAUCUGCAUUUUUUUUUUCCACAGUAAUUGCACACUUUUUUGAAAAUGUGUGUUUUUGUUUUUUCUCUCUUUGGAAUAAUGAAUGGUUCUAGCUUCCUAAAGGGGUCCUGCUUGGUACCUUUGCUGAAAGGGAAACCAAAUGAAAAAAUGGGGCUCUUCAAGAGUUCUGCUUGAAACCCCAACUGACAAGGAAACACUCUGGUUUCUAGCAGGUUUCUACAUAGGGUUUGUUUUAGAGCUUUUGAUCAGUGAUGGAAGACUGUUUUUAAUAGGGAAAUAAAAUGUACAGCCCCAAAGGGUUUUUUGUUUCGGACUCUGAGGGAAUCCUUAAAGGUUCUGGGUGGAACCCUUUGAUGGAGCGCUCCAAAAAACAUUUUCAAGUAAAACUAAAUAAUAUUCAAUGAACAUUUGAACCGUUUUUUUUUUUUCUUCAAGAGUGUACACUCAUGCACAACGUGUGUGUGAUAGAAACCAAAAACUGUUUUUUUUUUUUUUUUUUUUUUAAACUUUGAUCAAACAGCACAAUUGAACUGAAGAACUGAAAAAAGUGGCAGUGUUACAGCACCUGAGGUGUUUUAGGUCCCUGAGGUGGUAAUUUUUUUUUUUGUUUUUUUUAUUUAAACAUUUCCGACACAUUAUUCUUCAGAGAGUUUUAAAAUUAGCAACACACUGGGUAUUAAGAUUUUGUUUAUUAUUUGAAGCAUUUCUGUUUGCUCUGCCUGUAUGUAUCAGCUGAAUCCUGAUUAAAUGUUGUAAUUUCAUGUACUUUAUAUAAAGUGUGGAAUGCAAGUGCUAUUUCCAGGAAUGUUUUGUAGAUUGAAUGCAUGCUUGAGACUUUAUGUAAAUUAUUAAAAUAAUAAUAAUAAUAAUAAUAUAA